AUGAUAAACAACAGAAUCGUUGAUGCGAACGAAGUACCUGUCGAAAGAACAAUGCUAGCUUUAACAAGAAAAAUGACUAAAAUUAAUGAAUUAUCCAUUGACAAAUUGUAUGAUCAAUUUGUAACAACGCAUAAUUCAUUGAAUAAAACUCCAAGUUUUAUUAAGAUAUCUAAUAAUGCAAUUAACGACGAUGAAACUGGAUUGUUCCAGUAUGUCAGGGGUGAAUUAAAUGCAUGGUAUAAAUUAACUAAUCGUUACGAUAACGAUAGAAAAUUAAUUCAUACUGAAGUUGACAGAAUAUAUCAACUAGAACGAUCUCCUGAUCGUUUCAAAGAUAUAAAAAAUAUAUUAGACGCAAGCUCUCAAGUUUUAAGUAAUCUUGAAGGCAUUGCCCAAGAAAAAGAGCAAUGUCGCGCUCAAAAAGGAAAGUUUAAGGAAAAAAUUAUGACAAAACAAGAACUUCGCAUUGAAAUUGCUAACAAUUUCUUUGUUUGUGUAAUAGAACAAAAAUUCGACCAUCAAACAUCAAUGGACUUUGAAUUCUAUUUAGAAGUAAAAAAUAUAAAGGAUAUUUUCAUCGAUGCCGAUGUGGUAAUGGAAUUUUUGGAAAUUCAAUUUAGGAAGUUGCAAAAUACUUCAAAAGACAAGGAAAAUGUCUCGCACGUGAGAAAGGUACAAGUAACCACUGCAAGGUCAGGUUUAUUGUGCUGGCAUUGCAAGGGCAACCAUUCUAUUCGGGAUUGCGAAAAAUUAAAACGAAUGAACAGUGAUGAACGUUAUAUAACAAAUAAUAAAUUAAAAAUGUUUAGAAAUUGUCUUCUACAUAAUUACAAUGAACAGGAAAUAAUUUUCUUCUUAUUGUAA